GCUUAGCACUAAGCUAAAAGGUCCUUGUGACUAUUGUUUUUGUGUUAUAAGUUUUUUAAAAGCCGUCAAGCUGGGGAACGAAAUGUCUUCAUCCGCUAUGGAAAAACACCUAUUUAAUUUAAAAUUUGCUGUGAAAGAGUUAGAGAGAAAUUCUAAAAAAUGUGAAAAGGAAGAAAAGAUUGAGAAGGAAAAAGCAAAGAAGGCAAUACAGAAGGGAAACUUAGAAGGAGCACGAAUACAUGCAGAAAAUGCCAUAAGACAGAAGAAUCAGGCACUCAACUAUUUAAGGAUGUCAGCUAGAGUUGAUGCAGUGUCAAGUAGAGUGCAGACUGCUCUCACCACUAGGAAGGUCACAAAUUCCAUGGCAGGUGUUGUAAAGGCAAUGGAUGCAGCAAUGAAGUCAAUGAACCUUGAAAAGAUAUCCACACUCAUGGACAAGUUCGAGAGUCAGUUUGAAGACCUGGAUGUCCAGUCCUCAUACAUGGAGAAUGCUAUGUCACAGACCACAACCACUACAGUACCUCAAGGAGAUGUUGACAAUCUCUUGCAACAAGUUGCUGAUGAAGCUGGUUUGGAACUCAAUAUGGAGCUACCGUCCGGAGUACCCAGCACUUCAGUGGGACAGUCCACUGUAGUGUCUCAAGAACAAGACGAGCUUACACAGAGGCUGGCCAGAUUACGACAAGCAGAAUAACCAUCAUUGUACAUAAAUGUUAUGUAUUAUGCACAUGUUUUAAUGUAAGACCUAAAUGAUGCAUGUUUCUUUGUCAGGUUGCACAGUUUAUGCCCUUUCAUAUUACAAUUUGUGAAGUU